AUGGACGCCGCUGCCAACGUUACCAUCGGCGAGGGCUCCCACGCCUUCCUCCCCUGCAGGGUUGCCAACCUCGGCGACAGAUCCGUGACGUGGAUGAGACGCAGGAACCUGCACAUCAUCACGGCUGGCCUCCUCACCUACUCUCCUGACGAUCGCUACAGAGUGUUGCACCCAGCCAACACAGAGGAGUGGACGCUGCACAUCAAGUUUGCUCAGCCUGGAGAUGGUGGAUGGUACGAGUGUCAGGUGAACUCUGACCCCAAGAUCACUAGACCUGUCCUCCUCAUUGUCAAGGACAAAAAUAUGGACGACCCGUUUUACCAGCAUGAGCUACAGGCCGUUGACAACAGUACACAGGUGCACAUUGAGGGAGCUCAUGAGCGGUACAUUCAGCGAGGCAGCGUGUUGGCGGUCACCUGCACCGUCACACACCGCCUCAACAAGGGCCCCCAACACGUCGUGUGGUACCACGGAGCCGCCAGGCUGGACUACGACGCUCCACGAGGCGGGAUAGCUCUUGAGACAGAGAAGACUCCGAGCCGGAGUGUGGCGAGACUGCUGCUGUCUGCCGUCACUCCCGCAGACUCCGGCAGGUACAGCUGCCGCCCCGACACUGGCGGCCACGCUGCCGUCUCCGUCCAUGUCCAGUCUGGGCAGCACCAGGCGGCGGUGCAGCAGAGCGGCCACAACGACACCAUCAACGAGUCCUUCUCAAUACAGGUCGUCUUCCUCUUCAGCACCUUGACUCACCUGCUCAUCACCUCGCACUUCCGAUGA